UAUGAGGGCAAUAUUAUUACUCUUGAUCUGGGCAACAGCAUGGGGUCUUGAGAACCAUAUCCAAGAUUACAAAGGCAGAGUUGAAACACAUUUAAAGUCAAUUGAUGAAGAACAAGAUGAUCCAUUGGUGUCUUACAGAGACAAGAAAAGUGUUUUUGUACUCCAAGAAAACGAAGUUAUUCGGAUGAAUCUCAAACAGUAUUUCGGAGGCUCUUUUCUGGAAUACUCAUUGAACCAAAGACAGAAUUAUAAUUGAGAUGAAGAACUACAGUCGUGCUACGAGAAAGAUUCUUACCAGUUUAUUAAUUUACCCUCAGAGUUUUAUAAAUUGAUUCGAUCAGGAAGUUACUCAAUGAAAGAGCAUGUGGGUCCACUCUCUGAUAUGUUAAGAUUGCUUACUUGGCAUCAAGAAGGAUCUCCUGAAAAAACAUAUUUGCUCUAUGUUACUGAAGAUUAUCAUCUGAAGUUUGUUGAUGUAAGCAAUAUCAAUGUUGGGCAAGAUAUUGAGGUCUUAUACUCAAAGAAUUUGAUUCCAAUAAUUAGAAAUCAGUAUGCCAAAGUAAAGAUAAAAGACAUUUAUUGUAAUUCUCUUAGUACUGUCAAGACCAACAAAUUAUACAUAAUAGGAUGCAAGCAUAAAGAUAAUGACUUUGUAAUAUGGAUUAGUCUUGAAAUAUAUCCCAAAAAUGUAUAUAGCAUGUCCAUUCUGCCAAGGAAAGCUGAAUUUAAUAUUGAUUCACUUGGAAGAAACUCAAUCACUACAGGUUUGAUUGAUGAUUAUUGAUAUUUGAUUGCAACUACAAGUGAAUAUGGAGGCCUAGUACAAGUAUCUGUAUUUGAUACAUCAAAAGUAAAGUAUAAGAAUAUCAAGUUCAUUAACUCUGCAACCUACAAUAUUUCUGAUUUCAUAGAUCCCUUUGAAAACAGGAAUCUUGAGGGUGAGUUUAAUUUCAGAGACGUAAUUUAUUACAAAUCCAACUAUAAAUACAAAGACGAUGAAGUCCAAGAAAACCACCAUAUUAUUGCUAGUUGAUACAACUGAGGAAUCAUAUUCUUCAAAAUUCAGAAGUAUGAGGCUGACAAGACCAUUGGUCACAGGUUCCUGAACCUGACGUACAUGUACAAGAAACCAACUAUUGGAAGAAUUUUUACUGAGAAGAGUUUCAACCUGAAGAACACAGAUUUCAAGUUCUUCACUAGUAUCGCUACUCCUCCAGUCAUCUACGAGUUUAUGGUUGACGAGUCUGCCAAUGUAAAUGUGAACAAAGUGUUCAGUGAUAACAUCCGCGACAACAGGUAUAAAGACUGCGAACUGAUUUCGGUGAAUGCGAAGUACAUUGCCCAGCUGCUAUAUGACCGCAAACUGCUGAAACAAGUGAUUAGAGUGUACGAUCGUAAUGAAACCAACUUCAGUGUUGGUCACAUCCACAUUCCUCUGAAUGGGUAUCGGUACGACAUCAGUGGGAUUCAGUUUCUGAGUUACUUGGAGAGCAACAAGAUCUUUGUGAGGAACCCUGAGAAGUGGGAGAUCUACGACAUUCUCGACCCAGAACUGAUAAUUGACACAUUUAACUAUGACAAUUAUUCCAGCCACAUUGGAGAAAACUUUAUGAUUAGCAUUAAUGCUAAAAGUCCGAUUGAAAGUUCAGUAGGGAAAACUCUUAAUGUAUCAAUAGUUUGUGUUGGAAGUGAAUCAAACAUAUCCUUUAAUAUCCUUGAGUCCCCAAAUGUGGAGAUAAAAUAUGCAUAUGGUGAUCCUAGUUUUGAAUUACCUAUCUCCAACUACUUUGUUGGUCCAAAUCUAAAUUUUACAGUCGAAAUAGUUGGAGCAUCUGAUGAAAAUUUUGACAUAAAAUUGCCUAAAAUUAUAAAUCCUGAAAACCCUGAAAUUCAAUAUGUUGACUUCGAGUCUAAACUUAACUGAACAAACAAUGUGUUUAAUCAAUAUAAAGAUAAAAUUUUGGAUGAACCUAUGGUUUCAUUCUUUUGUAUUCAGAGCAAUUUCAUUGAGCACCACAAAUUCCUUAUGAAAGAUAUGACUCCUAUCAACACAACUCUCCUGAACUACACACAUUUAAACUUUGUUGGUCAUUACAACUUAAGAAAUUCUUCUAUGAACAUUCUGAUUCUUCUCAGUAAAGAUCAGCACAGGGAUAAAUUCGAUUACUCUUUGAAUUUCUUCGAUAUCCAAAAAGGGAUGCUCAUCUGGGUCAAAAAGAUCACUGUUGAUCUAAAAAAGACUCUUAGAGAAUUAAACUCAAUAAUAAAGUUCUAUAACUCGGAAUAUCUGGCUCUUUUCUCCAAAAAUGAGGAAGAUAUUUACUUUAUUUGUGAAGACCCUAAGCUCAAUGAUUAUCAUAUUAAGUUGAAACAGAGAGUCAGGGAUAUUUUCCUGAUAAAGGACAAAUAUCUAUACUUCACACAUUAUCAAAAGUCUUAUGUUACUGUUCACAAGAUAUAUCAAGUAAAGGAAGAUGACAAGUUAAAGCUGUCUUCUGAAUGGCUCUGAGAUGCCAAAGUUGAUCAAAAUUAUAUCCUUGCAGAUAUUGGUAGAGAUGGGUUUUCAAUCUUUAUACGAGGGAACAAUAUCACAGAUGUAUACUCGAUUAAGAACGUCUGCAAUAUGCAAUUUGAGAAGAGGCUUCUUCUUUUUGACUCUCCGACCCAUAUAGAGUACUUUAUAAACAACAGGACAAAUGAGCCAGUUUAUCACAGAACUGGAAAAUAUCUCUUCAUUGUAGCAAGAGAUAGUACCUACACAUUCUUAAAGUACUUGAUUAUUUAUAAUAUCAAAACUUCAGCGCAUAAUUCAUUAAUUUCUAAGAUUGACCUGAGCUUUGUAGCUAGCAAGUUUGAUAAUUAUGUGUUCACAGAGAAAAUCGCUUCAUCUUCUCUUAUUGCCAUAUAUGUAUAUUAUGAUGUGAACAUUUAUGAAUAUUUUGAAUUCCAACCUAAUAAUUUGCUUGUAAGCCUGGAUUCAAAUGAUCUUUUUGUAUCACUAAAUAAAACAAACAUCCAAGAGUAUCCUGAAAAAGGAGUUAUUUUGAAAUUAAAGCAAAGCAAACUUAUAGAACCUCCUACUUACAAAUGGGAAUACCCAUUAUAUUUAUUUGUCAAUGUAGCAAACAAAGGGCUAAUGAUACAGAAUAGGCUCCCAGAUCAGCUCUAUAAAUUCCCUCAAAAUGAUGAACCCUUGACAUUUUCUGUCCUUGACAUCUUCGACGGGUUUGACAUGAGCUACGAUCCCUUACAAAUUGGAGGAAACACAGAAGAUGUUGAUUUAGACAUGUCAGAAGACAAGAUCUCAAAAUUUAUACUUGAUGGAGUCAGUCUCAACAAUCCUGUUUCUCAUGCAUUAGUUUACAAGAAGAAGUACUUGCUGGCAUUCUACGAGAAAGACUACAAACUUGAGAUCUAUAACUUGGCUAAUUCGUCAGACAUUCCGUUCCCUGAUAGUUAUGAGAAGCAGCUUGACAGCUGAAACAUCGAUUACAUCAGCACCUUUACUCUGGUUCCUGAGAACAGCAUCAAUGACACAACAAUGUUUUACUUGGUGUGCAACUGAAGAAUUAAUGACACAGGAAUCAACCCGUCUUAUCGACUGCAGUUUUACAGAUUUAAUGUUAGUGAAAAUAUGAAUAUGUUUUCUGCUACAAGAUUCUACACAGAUCCGAUAGAAAGAAUGAAUGUUCCACUUGACAGAAAAGUCAAAGAUGUGAAAGUAUCAAAUUUUCAAACCGGAAGAGAAAGCCAUCACAUUGUGAUCCUGGCUGACUCUCAAACAAUGCAUGACUCUGUUCUUUACUACUAUGGGCUUAGCUUUAAUGAAGAGCAGACAAGGUUCAAGCUAAUUUAUUAUUCAGAGCUAAACGGACUUCAAAUGAAUUAUGAUAAAUUCAAAGUUAACUCUUUCAUGUUCAUACGUGGUUCCAAGUUCAUGGUGUGCUCUGUUGAUGACUUCGGACUACUAUUCUAUGACUUGGAUCGACUUGAAAAAACAGAUGAAGUAGCCUUCUCAGAGUUCUUCACAUCAUUCUACCCAGAAUUCAAGAUAACGAAUCUGGUUCCAAUAUCCAACAACUCAAUGAGGAUAUUUUUAGAGAACAAAGGAUCUGUAUCCCUUGUUUGGAAAAACGUCUAUGAUACAAAGAUAGGUAAAUACCUUCUUGACGGCCUGGAGCAAAGAGACCGCUUUGUAAAUCUUAAUAACCAACAAAGUACUGGAAUUGUAGAUUACUCAGAUUUAUCCAUAGUGCAAAUUGGAUACAAUUUAAAAAGAGGAGGGUUCUUAGAUGCAUUUGUGAGAGUUGAAAGACAUAUGAAUCAUUGAAAUUCAAAAUCUUUUAGAGAAUAUAAUCUUGGAACUGUACUUCAAUGUACUUUCAUAGACUUACAAUGAUCUGAAGAUAGGAUUGUUGCUAUUUGAGGAGAUAAGUACUAUAUUAUUAAUUAUCAUCCAUUUCCAAGCCUCAAAGUCACAAAACACUCAAAAGCCACUUCUUCCACUUUCCAACUCAAAGCCUCCAACAGCUACUCUGAAACUUCAGUUCUGUUUGAAAUCGGCAACACCGACACCACCACUUUGUUUUCGAAGUGGGGCAUCCUGUUCAUCUUCGUGGCUGUCGUGCUGAUCUUGACUUGGUGCAUCCGGUGCACCUUCAGACAAGUAGUAAAAGCCAAGCCUGGCUCCGACUCGGUGAUUCUGGCCAGCGAGCCCAGCUCAGUCAAGGACGUUAAGUUCAGCCAUGACGCAUCAACCGAGGUGCUGAAGAAGAUCAAGCUGACAUACGCAAGCAGGGCCACAUUUAGAAAGUCAGUAAAGAUGAAGAGAGGAUACAGUGAGUUUCACGACGAUGUUGAAUUCGAUCUUACUCAUGAUGACACAAAUGAGGAACCAAUGAAUAUUUCCUAAUUAC